CCCACUGUAAAGGAUCCAGCAAUAUGAAAUUCCUUCUCCAUCCCACAGGUCCUGGAUACAUGGGAAUAAGAAGAUUUCCUAAGUGAGGAUUGAAGACAUCACCCCCCACAAGUUGCCAAGAUCCAUCUGGAGAUGAAAUGACUUGCCACUGGCCCUGUGGCCGAAUUUCAAGGCAGUGACCACCCUGACUGUGGUCAUUACAUUGCUUGGUCCUUCGGCCUAGGGAGAAUAGGACUAGGGAAAGGUCUUGGCUUCAAAGGACAGAUUAGAUAAUGGAGACCAUGAAGAAACCGACAAGAGGCUUGUCUUCUAAGGAUACCAACUGGCCCCAAGCGAAGAAGAGAAAGCCCCAAAUACUGGAGCCAGUUACAUUGGAGGAUAUCACUGUGGUCUUCACAGAAGCAGAAUGGGAGACACUGAGCUCUGAGCAGAAGAACCUGUACAGAGACGUGACGCUGGAGAUGUACAGGAAUCUGCUCUCCUUGGGUGAGGAUGUAGUCUUUUACUCAUUCAGUAAAUAUUUAUUGGCCACCAAUGUGUGCCAAAGGGGUCUUGGUAGUGUAAUCAUUAAGCACCCAGCUCCUUACAAAAAGGCCAGCAAUUUGUACUCCUGA